UAAAUCGCUCGAUUUGCCGCUUUCAGCGUAAACCGAGGACGGCGUUGAAUUUUGCGUCGCGAAGGAUGAUUAUUGUUAUUUAAGUGCGUUUUUUGAUGCAAAAAAUAAGGCGAGGUGAAAUUCGCGAACAUGAAUCCCGCGGAAGCUGAAACUGUCGCCGACCUGGUGCAGAACAUGAUUGUCUCGUUGUGCGGCGAGCAGAAGCCAGAAUUGAUCAGAAGAUUUAUGCGUUUCUCUCUUGGGUUAUUAUCAUCUACGCAAGGUAUAGAAACAUUGAGAGAGGAUGAAGUAACUGUAGCGACAUACAUAAAGAGCAAAUUGUCACCACGUGAUGCAGUACAAUUUGAUAAACUACAUAAUGACUUAAAAGAUGGGCCACUGAAGAAUCGCAUAAGUAUUCUAAUAUUUCUGCUAAACAUGGGUCAGUCAGCAGAAGCAAUGAAGGAGAGAAUUUUUCAAUUUCCGGACAUGAAAUUGGGUUUAAGUUCAAUUGCAUCCACUAGCGGACAAUCAUCGCAAACCUCAUGUUCUCAAGCACAAGUUGUAUCACUGAAUACGACAGAAACAAAUUCGAGAGGAAUGUUAAUAAAUCCAAGUAAAAUAUUCAAUGAAGAAUGUAUUUCGGAAGAUGUAUUGGUUCAGGACUUGAUAUAUUCUUUCCAAAGUGUUGAAGGAAAGAUUUUAAAAUUGGAUUCAAGCUAUGGCUUUCAGAUAGAUCCCAUAGCAAAGAUUAAUAGAUCACAAAAGCAAGCUGUUCUAAGACUGAGUGAAUUAGGAUACUUACAUAAUGUAGUGCGGAAAGGAUUGGAGAGAAUGUCUGUGACAGGCGCGGGUAGAGUAGCUGACAGUUUUGUUGCAGCUCUGCACAAAGAAUUGUCAGAAUAUUAUAGAUUUAUAGCUAUAAUGCAGGAAGAGGUGAAUAGGUCACAAAAUCAAAUGGUUAUGUAUGGAGUUACAUUAUCCCAUUUACAUCUUUGGACAUGUGAUCCUUUAGAAACUUUAAAAUGGUUAGCGAGUAUAGUAAAAGCUUGCCAAAGUCAAAAAGGUGGUGCAUUGGCCUCUACCGUUUAUGAAUUCAGUUAUCAUGGAGAUGCUGCUGUGAAGAAUUUAGUCAAGAGAGUCUUGGAAAGUGUUUGCAAUCCCCUAUACGAUAUGCUAAUGAGAUGGAUUGCAGAUGGAGAGUUAGACGAUCCAUAUAAAGAGUUUUUCAUUCAAGCAUGUGCUGAUGUUAGUAGUGACAGAAUGUGGCAUGAAAAAUAUCAAGUGAGAAAUUCGAUGGUGCCAUCCUUUAUCAGUAAAGCCCAAGCAAAGAAAAUUCUAGGGACAGGAAAGAGCAUUAAUUUCUUACGCGAAGUAUGUAAAGAUUUCUCGCCUUGGCAGGAUAAACAUUCAAAUAUGUUCAAAAAUUGCGAUGAAGAAUAUAACGUCGAAAUUUUUUUUGAUAUGGAUCCAGAUGGUCGCUUGCAAACUAUGAUGGAUGCUGCUUAUAAAAAAACAUCAACCCGAGUUGUUGAAAUAUUGACAAAACAGUAUCAUCUUAUGGACCAUUUACAGGGAAUCAAAGGAUACCUUUUACUUGGCCAAGGCCACUUUAUUCAACAUCUUAUGCACUUGUUAGAACCUGAAUUGGCUAAACCUGCAAGUUCUUUAUAUCCUCAUAACAUAUCGUCUAUUCUUGAAACUGCAAUAAGAGCAACUAGUACAAAGUUAGAUGAUUUGGAUGUGCAAAAACGUUUAGAUGUUAGAUUAUUAGCACCUUCAGAAAGUGAGACAGGCUGGGAUGUUUUUAUUCUAGACUAUAAUGUCGAUGGACCAAUUGGAACGAUUUUAGAGCCAUGCAGGCAAACGUAUCAAACAGUAUUUUUUGCAUUAUGGAGAGCAAAGAGGAUGGAAACAAUCUUAUCUGCUAUUUGGAAGCAACAGACAACAUCAGCCAAAAUGUUCAGAAAAAUGCCAGAAGUACUGCCAAUCCAAAAUCAUAUUCAUCUGAUUACUAGCAGCAUGGUCCAUUUGGUCCAUCAAAUGCAAUAUUACUUUCUAUUUGAGGUAAUUGAAUGUUCUUGGGAUACAUUUGCGAAGCAACUUCUUCAGGCAACGUCUCUUGAUGAUAUAAUUGCAGCUCAUAAUAAUUUUGUAGAUUCUGUGAGACAUGGUACAUUAUUAGAUGAGAAAUCGCAGGAACUUAUGGAUCAUCUACGUUCAGUUUAUAGUCCAAUAUUGGACCUUCAGAAUCUCGAGGAAAAUUUCCUUGCACAUGCUACUAAGGAAUAUGAGGCAAGAUUAAACGCCGAUAACAUUGUGCAGACGUCGUCUGAGCAAACGAAAAAAUGGGGUCGUACAAAUAAAAAAGAUCAAGAAGCAACAGAAAGAGAGACUGCAUUUUCAAAAUGUCUAAACAAACUUUCAAUACAACUCAAACUACUUUCGAGAACAUAUCAGGAUCGUGUAAAGAAAUUUUUACUAAUGCUUGCCUCCGCUGAAGAUGUGUCAUUACAGUUACUUAGUGUACGAUUAGAUUUUAAUGAAUAUUACAAGAGUAAGGAUAGCCGACUAGUCGCGCCAUUAACGUACCAACACCGUAGACAAAGCGAUCAGACUUUCUUCGGAUGCAAGUGACAAUCGGCAGCGGAAAUUUUAUCAGAAAACUUCAUUGAUCCAAAUAACAUUUUAAUAAACACUCUAUCCGAA